CUUAACGAACUCAGAAUGUACUCGACCAAAAGUGAGGGACCGCGCAGAGGAAGGUCAUUUGACUCAACGAACAUUGGGUUAACUUUCGAAGAAAAGCAACUUAAUAAUGAGAUGAACAAAUCUGCCUUUCCUAAGAUACAUGAGAACAAAGAUAACAAGAUUGUAUCUGCAGAGAAAGGUCGCGUAGCUGUUGUAUUCUCUCUAAAAAACGAAGUCGGUGGGCUCGUCAAAGCACUAAAACUAUUCCAGGAAAACCAGGUCAACCUUGUUCACAUCGAAUCCAGAAAAUCUCGAAGGCGGAAUUCGGAAUUCGAGAUUUUUGUGGACUGCGACAGUAACCACGAGCAGCUUAACGAGAUCAUACAUCUGUUGCGAAAGCACGUAAACAUAGUCGAAAUGGAUGCACCUGAUAACCGCUUACCCGAGGAAAACGAACUGGAUGAUGUACCCUGGUUCCCCAAAAAGAUCUCUGAUUUGGAUAGAUGUGCAAAUCGUGUGUUGAUGUAUGGAUCAGACCUGGAUGCAGACCACCCGGGCUUUAAAGAUAAUGUCUACCGCAAACGUAGAAAAUAUUUUGCAGACUUGGCCAUGGGUUACAAGCAUGGAGAUGCCAUUCCACGCAUUGAGUUCACAGAGGAGGAGGUGAAGACGUGGGGGGUUGUGUUCCGUGAGCUUAACCAUCUCUACCCCACUCACGCCUGCUGUGAGUACCUGAACAACCUGCCACUGCUCAUCAAGUACUGCAAGUGCAGAGAGGACAACAUCCCCCAGCUGGAGGACGUCUCACGUUUCCUACGAGAACGGACUGGAUUCACCAUUAGACCUGUAGCAGGAUACCUCUCCCCCAGAGACUUCCUGGCAGGUCUGGCCUUCCGUGUGUUCCACUGCACACAGUACGUGCGACACAGCUCAGACCCACUCUACACACCUGAACCAGAUACCUGUCAUGAAUUGUUGGGUCAUGUGCCUCUUUUGGCUGAGCCCAGCUUUGCACAGUUCAGCCAGGAGAUUGGACUUGCCUCACUGGGAGCAUCUGAUGAUGAAGUUCAGAAACUUGCCACUUGCUACUUCUUCACCGUGGAAUUUGGGCUGUGUAAGCAGGAGGGUCAACUUAGAGCCUAUGGGGCAGGCUUGCUGUCCUCCAUCAGUGAGCUAAAGCAUGCUCUGUCAGGAAAUGCCCAAAUUAUACCCUUUGACCCUCAAGUCACAUGCAAACAGGAGUGCAUCAUAACCACAUUCCAGGAUGUCUACUUUGUGUCAGACAGUUUUGAGGAGGCCAAAGUCAAGAUGAGGGAGUUUGCAAAGACAAUUAAGCGACCUUUUACAGUGCGCUAUAACCCCUACACGCAGAGCGUGGAUGUCCUGAAGGACACACCAAGCAUCAGCAGUGUGGUGGAGGAGCUGAGGCAUGAACUGGACAUCGUGGGAGAUGCCCUGAGCAGACUUGAUAAACAGCUGCAGGACUGAAAGACCUUAGUUCAUCUUUUAUGUAUUCCAUCAAAGAGCAAACACACUAAAGCUUCAUGAUUCUGAGUUAAUCACAUUGUAGGCUACAUUAAAUUCUAAAAUGAUUUUAACUGGUGAUCUUUUGAAAUGAUGUGCACUGUUGUGUUUUUGUUUUUUUUAUUCAAAGUUAAAUUAUUUAUCUAAUGACAAUACUUCUUUAUUUGUUUUUAAUGUAUUUGAAUUUCCAUCCCCAUAUUAUUCAUUUUUACCCAUAAUGAUUAUGCAAGGGUAUAAAAUAUUCUUUCAUGAUAGUGUUAUGUGUUAUAUUAUUAUAUUAUUAUGUUACAAAAUACCAUUUUGAGAAAGUGGUGUUUGCUCUAGUCAAAAUGUAUUUGUGAUUUCAGCUUUGUGCAUAUAAUUUCAUUCACCUUGGCAUUAUAAGGUACCUAAUACAAAAAAAAAAAGACAAAAAAGAUAUUAAACUUGUAACUUUAGUAUAAUAUUUUUUUCUCAGUACACAAUAUUAGAGGAGAAGGACAAGUGUGUAUAAUGUUUUUUUCAACAUCAACCUAAUUCUAUCAGCUUUUUAUGUUUAUAUUUCUUAUGCCUUGCCAUGUCAUUUCCUGUGUUGCAUCAUGUGUAUGCUUGAUAGCAUUUUUCAUAAUACAAAUAGAACUUGUAUUUAUAUAUAAUAUAUAUUAAACGUUGCUAAAAAAAAACCUUGGACUUUAGGUUUACAAUUCUUAGGAGAAUGUGCUAUAAAGUGUGUAGUGUAGAGGCUUAUUAUAAUUAAAAUUCCUA